CGAGGGGCUUCGGCAUGCGAGUGGUUGGUGGAAAGGCGGGAGCAGACGGUCGUCUUUUUGCCUACAUCGUGUGGACUGUCCCUGGUGGCCCCGCCGAGAAAGGGGGUCUUCAACAAGGCGAUAAGGUUCUGGAGUGGUGCGGUGUUUCGCUGGUGGAUCGGAGCUUCGAGGAGGUGUGCUCCGUCAUGGACAGAACAGGGGACACCGCAGACAUUCUAGUCGAGCAUGGAAAUGACCUGAGAAUGUGUGAUCUACUGGAUGAACCACUACCGGGAGCCUCGAGGAAAAAUUCAGGGGAAGCUCUAGGAUUGCAGCUAGAGGGCGUAGAUGACAAGUCGCCGGCCUCACCAACCCGUCGAAAAUUGCCCAAAACUCCGGAGCAAUUAGCAAGGGAGAAGGCGGUGAGCGGUCGCAUACAGCUGCAGGUGGGGUACAACGAUGAGAAGAGCGAGGUGGUGAUGUCGGUCCUCGCAGCUGACGACCUUGCCUUUCGUGACGACUCGGGUGGAUUCGGCAAUCAACCCGAAGCCUAUGUCCAGUUUCGACUGCUGCCUUUCAUGGACGGCCAGAAUACGGUGAAAACCGAAGUGGCUGAGCCAACACAGAACCCCAUCUGGAACACAACGGUGGAAGUGGGUAUGGUCAGUGGAGAACAGCUGAUGGAGAAAACUGUCGAGGUCACCCUGUGGGACUACAGGCCUGACAAGGAACAGGUUUUCUUGGGUGAGUGUACAGUGGAUAUCCAGAAGGCACUGUUGGACGACAGACCGGUCUGGUACAGGCUGGAGGACCCACGUCAGCUGCGGGGGUCUUCCUCCACGCGCACCUCUCCCAGGACGUCGCUGGUCAACGAACUCACGCAGCGUCUCAAGAAAGAAAAUCGAUCUCUAUCAGAAGAGACACAGAGCGACCUGGAAAUGGAGAGCGGUUCGUUUCUGCACCCAGACCACGCCUACGUGGCUGGCUCACGUCGCGGCUCCAGCCAAUCAGAGCAGCUCGACGUCACCGAGCCCUAUCAGCUGAGCAAGGACUUCUCAAGGUCACUGCCCGGCUCGCGUCGCAGCUCCUUCCAGUCGGCCCAGAAUGCCGAGAAAGAAGCUGAUGUGCCCCCUCCCACCUACAACAAGGAGCGGAGACGCAGUUCAUGCACACAGCGCAUGCGCGACCCAGAUGAGAUUCUGCGCAGUCUGAAGGCGGUGAAAGGAGAACUACUUGGCCGGAGCCUCACCAUCAGUGAGAGACGCGGUUCAAGGAGAGGCAAGGAUGGGAAGGGGCGAGGCAGGAAGGGGUCGGUAGCUGUGGUAGAGAAACUUGACAUGGGUGUCACCUGUAGCAGUCCUUCCGAUGAAGAAGACAAAAUGAGUACAAAAACCGAUGCAAAACCACUUGGACCAGGACAAAUUCAACCAAGAGGAUACAAAAAUAUCAUUCAUCAAGCCGAGUUAAAGCUGAGUUUAUUGAUGACAAAGGGGCAACUGGAGGUGGAAGUCAUAUGUGCGCGAGGCAUUGAAGGGGAAAUUCCACCAGACACAUACGUGAAGACAUACCUGCGCGACGGUGAACGCUGGCUACAGAAGCGGAAGACGCGCGCGGUACGCGGCAGUCUGGAGCCGCAGUUCCGGCAGACGCUGCGCUACUCGGCGUGUGACGUUCUGGGCCGCUCACUGGUGGUGAUGCUGUGGGAGAAACAGGGCGGAUUCGACCACAAUGUCGGCCUGGGCGGCGCCGAGGUGGCUUUGGACGCGGUGCGACUGACGACGCUCACUACAGGCUGGUAUCCGCUCUUUCCCAUACAGACGCUCGGCUCUGAUAGCAACGACUCUCCGUGACGACUUGUGCUGACGUCAGCUGAAAACCAACAUUUUCAUUUAUUUACAACAAUAGAAAAAUUGCAACAUCUACCACACAUCGACACAGCUAUACUCGUUUAUUAGGUUCACCCAAUUUAUCUAGAAUACUCUACAGUAUAUUCUAGAUGCAUUGGAUUAUUCUAGAUGCAUUGGAUUAUUCUAGAUGCAUUGGAUUAUUCUAGAUGCAUUGGAUUAUUCU